UCGUUGCCGGAAAGCUACAUCGAAGAAUGAUAAAGCAUGAUUGCUCGAGUAGGCUGGAUAAUGGAGAUGCAGAGCAGGAGGGGAAAGUCCAAACAGCAGACCCCAGCACACUCAGGACUGCCACCUCGAUGCCAGAUGGCUUUUUCCAGAGCACCACUGCAGCAGCCUGCUUUCUUCAGGCUGAGCUGGAGCUCAAUGCUCGUCUGCGAACUCUGACCUUUGGAGAUCCAAUACGAUACACCUACAACCCACUGGAGUAUGCAUGGGACACACAUCGCUGCUAUGUGGAAACGUACUGCCACAGCGGCCAAAGCGUUCUCUUUCUGGGAAUGAACCCGGGACCCUUCGGAAUGGCCCAGACAGGGGUACCAUUUGGUGAGGUGAAUGCUGUCCGCGAUUGGCUGAAGAUCACGGGAGAGGUAGGCCACCCAGCUAACGAGCACCCCAAGCGGCGGAUCAGCGGUCUGGCCUGCACUCAGAGCGAGGUGAGCGGUGCGCGCUUCUGGGGCUUCUUCAGGGAGCUCUGCAGAGAACCCAACAACUUCUUUCGCCACUGUUUUGUACACAACCUCUGCCCACUGAUCUUCAUGAGCGAAUCCGGGAAGAACCUGACUCCACCUGAGCUACCGGCAGCAGAUCGGGACACCCUUCUUUUGCACUGUGAUGCUACGCUGUGCCAAGUGGUCAGCAUCCUUGGGGUGUCUAUGGUAAUCGGAGUGGGCAGAGUUGCGGAGCAGCGAGCUCGCCGAGCUCUUACUGAAGCAGGUAUCUCUGUAAGGGUGGAGGGAAUCAUGCACCCUUCCCCAAGGAACCCACUGGCUAAUAAAGGCUGGGCAGCUGUGGCCAGAACCAAAUUAGAGGAACUGGGGGUGUUAAGUUUGCUCGCCAAGUGACUGCUUCUGCCUCAGCUUUCACUCCUUCAGUGCUUGAGGACAUUCUUACUGCACAUCGUGUUUGAUUUCAGUGCAGGAAAAAAGCAUAUAUGCAUGCACAUGCUAAAUUAUAUGGUGCAUAGUUUUGUAUAGUUUUAAUAGUUUGAAUGUGAAUAUUCUUUUGUGUUUGAAUAGAGCUGUAAAAAAGGUAAUGAUUUUUAUGUAGAAAGAGAGUGGAGGCUCUUCUACGUUUAUUCUUCAUGUUGUUUUAUUGUCAUAACAAAACCUUGUAUGAAAUGAGAACUUUAUAGGAGAAGGAAAAAACUCCCUUAACUUUAAUGUAGCAUGAUAAUAUUUCAAGUUAUUUUGGACCAUGAAACUUUUGCAUAGUGUAAAGCGCAGUGUUCAAUACAAAAAAUAUAUAUGUAAAUCACUAUUAAUAUUUUGAUAUGAAAGUGAUGCUUUACCCUUUUAUUUUUUUAAGGUUUCUAAGGCUUAUUAAGGUUAUGCACAAUAAUAACACGUUCCAAUCAAAGGGUAAUUGGUUUUAUUUAAAUUGGCUCUUCUUUGGGGCCCAUGUCCUACAAAUUUUUGUACUUUUUCCUCCAGAGGUACACUUUUUGUUACUUUAUGUGACUUUAUGCACCAAAAAAAACAGUCAUAAUUGACUUUCCAUAGCCAUUUCCCACUGUAUAUCUCCCUUGGAAUGAAACGGACUGUUUUUGUUAUUGUAAAUAAGCUCUGUGCCUCAUUGUAGAAGCAGUCCAAGCUAAUAACUUUUGCGUGAAAGGACAGAAUAGAAUGAACUAUAGCUAUAGGCUGAAUCGGUGCAUAUAUGUAUGUAUGUAUG